CUCCCGCUCCACUGCCGUUGCUACUUCGCUUUAGCCUGCUCAGCUCAACGGCUAUCUCUCCAGCCCAGCGUUCAAAACUCUCCCCAGAUAGCACGAACCAUCAACACUCUCGCUAGGAACAGUACACGACGAGGCAGCUCGAAGCCCAUCCCAAAAUGGCGUCCGACGCCGGCAACUCCAGCUCAAGCCCGAGGAGCCCCUGCUGCUCCUUCCCCAACUUCCUCCUCUUCCUCCUCAACAACGCCCUCCUCGCCCUCGCCGCCGCCGCGCUCGGCCCGGUGCUCCUUCUCCGGCCCCGGCCGACGCCCUUGGGCUGGGCGCUCGUCUCCGUGCACGCCACCACGCUGCUCUCCGCGCUCGUGUCUCUCUACGUGCUGCUCGCCCGCCGCCACCUCUGCUGCUGCCUGCCGGCGCACGCGGCUCUGGCGGUCGCCGCGCUCUGCGGCCAAGCGCUCGCCUCUUACGCCCUGUUCCGAUGCCACGACCGCAGCAUCGCGCUCCUCGGGUCGGCGAGGGACCGGAGGGAGCAGUUCGUGCUGGUGCUCCUCGAGGAGGCGCUGCUGCUGGGCAUGUUCCUGGUGCAGGCCGUGGCGCUGGCGGUGGCCUGCGCCGUGGGCCGGCGGUGGGCAAUGGAGCACGAGGUGACCGAGGCAGAGAAGGCGACCGCGGCCAGGAAGCUGACCGCACCUGUGCAGGCGGAGGCCGGCGCGAGCGCGGUCGACGAGAAGGUGAACACGAGCGCCGGCGGCAAGAGGGUGCGCUGGGGAAACACAGACAACUGCUGAAACGAAGAUUAACCAUGUAACGGAUCAGCGAUAAGAUAAUCAUGUGCGUGUUUGCUAGCGUUCUCUGUCA